AUGUCUUCCUCGGCCGAGAAGAAGCCCAGGCGCAAGCAGCAGCAGAAGACGUACGAGUCGGAGCCCGAGGAGCUUUCUUCCGCAGAGGAGAGCCCCCCACCUCGCCGCAACCGCCAGAUGCAGAGGCGAGGACAAAAGAAGCAGCAGGGCGGCGGCGGCGGCGGCGGCCUGGGAGGUGACCUCCUGGGCGGUGGUGGCCUCGGGGGCGUCGGGCAAACCGCCAACGGCCUCGUCGGCGGAGCCACGGGCGCGCUAGGCGGCAUCGCAGGCCAAGCUAUGGACCAGGGCGGCGGCAAGAGCGAUACGCUCCGCCUGCGUCUGGACCUCAACCUAGAGGUCGAAAUCACUCUCAAGGCCAAGAUCCAUGGUGACUUGGAGCUGGCGCUACUCUCCCACUUCCCGUCACCACACACAAACACAACUAGACAACAACACACUACUACACAUUAA